AUGGAGAAGCAGCUCUACUCUGAGCCUCUCACAAAAGACACAGCUCCUCACCCUAUCUCUAAUGGAGUGCCUACUCACCCUGUGGAGAAAGCUAAUUUCAGGUACCUGUAUCCAAGAUCUCAGUCUUUCGGUCAUGAUCAAAAUUUAAUGACCAUAGGCGAGGUAUCACGGAGUGUAAGGAGUUGUGUGAAGAUGCUUCUGUUUUGGGUUAUGCUACAUGUUCUUCUUCAUCAAAGAAUUACAGAUGCCUUGGUUCCAGUGGUCACAGCCCAGCUGGGCAAACCUGUGACUUUAACAUGUGAUUUGAGCAAGAAAUUUGAGAACAUGGACUGGCUUCAAUGGCACAAGCAGACUACAGGAGAUACUCUCAAAUUAAUUUCAGUGCUGCAGAAGAAUGCAAACCCUAUUUAUGGAGCUGGAUUUUCAUCCAUAAAUUUCAACUCAACAUAUAAUAACAAAAUGUUUAAUCUGACGAUCUUGAGGACUUCUAAAGAAGAUAAAGGAAUGUAUCACUGUGUGCAUAUGAACCGGUUUGAAUCUAUAUGGAAUGGGAGUUACUUAUCAUUAGAAGGAAACACAGAGACAACUUCAAGCUACCGUGUUGUUCAGCAGCCAGCUGUUCUAGAUCCAUCCCGUCCAGCAGAGUCAGAUACUCUGCAGUGUUCACUCCUUUCUCAGCCUGGGGAAAAGACCUGUUCAGGAGAACCCAGUGUGUUCUGGUUAAGGACCAAACCGGACAAGUCUGUUCCAGAUCUCAUCUUCACUGAUGGAAAAACACCUGAAAAUUGUGAGAAGCCAUCAAACGCUGAAAAGAGAUGUAGUUAUAACUUCUCUAAGAAGGUCUCCCCUUCUGAUCUUGGAACAUACUAUUGUGCAGUGGCCACAUGUGGAGAGAUAUUACUUGGAGAUGGAACCAGAGUCGAAAUUGCUCAUUCAUUAAGUGGCAUGUCUUUGGUAAUAACAAUGAUCUGCUUGGCCAUAUCUGUGCUUUUGAAUAUUGGUUUAAUUUGUUGCCAAACUCACAGAAGANCUUAG